AUGGUUGCCGACGCUCUUGCUUAUCAUCCUUCCGUUGCUCACUACCUGAGAUUUGUUGCGACGACCGUUGGCCGCGACAAGGUCCUACGGACUCUUCAGUAUUUCUCCCGCUUCCUAGCAUGGUACCUGUUCCGCACGAAUUACUCCCAGGCCUCGAUCGCACCCUUUGAGGCCAUUAAGAAACAGUUCGGCCUUACCCGAAAACUUCUGCGCGUGGGCAAGAAUGUCGAGCACUUCAAAGCUGCUGCCGUCGCGCUUGACUCCAAACCUACCGUUGCCGGUGCCUCCACUACCGCAGCGGAUCCGGUGUUGAAGUAUCUCGCUGUGGGUCGCCAGCUGGGAUAUGGUGUCUACUUGUCGCUUGAUACGUUCACGUACCUUCAUGCUUCGGGGAUUAGGAAAUUCGAUAGCAUCAAGAGGCUGCAGAGCCAAGCGUAUAAGGCUUGGUUUGCCGGAUUGAUGUGCUCUGCGAUCGCCAGUCUGUAUUCGCUGUGGAAACUAAAGGAGAUGGAAAGGAAUGUGAACAAAAAGGAUGGCGAAGGAGCGUUAGAAAGCAAGAAAAUUACUCGUGAACGUGCUGCUAUCACGACUCAACUGGUGUCUGAUAUUUGCGACUUGACGAUUCCUUCCUCAGCUCUCGGAUAUGUCAACUUUGAUGAUGGAAUUGUGGGUAUUGCUGGAACAAUGAGCAGUUUGCUUGGUAUCUGGUCGGUGUGGAAGAAGACAACGUAG